CUCAGCCGGCAGCGUCGGUGGCGGCCCCGGGAGGAGAGCCGCGCUGUGGGUCCGUGGGGAUGUUCUGUGCCGCGGCGGACGCAGCAGCCCGGCUUCUUAGGCUGGCGGUAUAAGCGGGCUCGCUCGCUCUCCUUCUCCGGCACCGGCCAUGCGCCCGGCUUUCGCGGUGGGCCUGGUGUUCGCAGGCUGCUGCAGUAACGUGAUCUUCUUGGAGCUCCUGGCCCGGAAACAUCCAGGAUGCGGGAACAUUGUGACAUUUGCGCAGUUUUUAUUUAUUGCCGUGGAAGGCUUCCUCUUUGAAGCUGAUUUGGGAAGGAAGCGGCCAGCCAUCCCAAUAAGGUACUACGCCGUGAUGGUCACCAUGUUCUUCACGGUCAGCGUGGUGAACAACUAUGCCCUGAAUCUCAACAUCGCCAUGCCUCUGCACAUGAUAUUUAGAUCCGGCUCUCUAAUUGCCAACAUGAUCCUAGGAAUUAUCAUUUUGAAGAAAAGGUACAGCAUAUUCAAAUAUACCUCCAUUGCCCUGGUGUCUGUGGGGAUAUUCAUUUGCACUUUCAUGUCAGCAAAGCAGGUGACCUCCCAGUCCAGCUCCAGUGAGAAUGAUGGAUUCCAGGCAUUUCUAAGAUGGUUACUAGGUAUUGGGGCGCUGACGUUUGCUCUUCUAAUGUCAGCGAGGAUGGGUAUUUUCCAGGAGACCCUGUACAAACAAUUUGGGAAGCACUCCAAGGAGGCUUUGUUUUAUAAUCACGCCCUUCCGCUCCCGGGUUUCGUCUUCCUGGCUUCCGACAUUUAUGACCAUGCGGUUCUGUUCAAUAAGUCUGAAUUGUACCAAGUUCCAUUCGUUGGUGUGACAGUGCCCAUCAUGUGGUUCUACCUCCUCAUGAAUGUCGUCACUCAGUAUGUGUGCAUCCGGGGUGUCUUCAUUCUCACCACAGAGUGCGCCUCCCUCACCGUCACCUUGGUUGUGACCCUCCGCAAGUUUGUCAGCCUCAUCUUUUCCAUCUUGUACUUCCAGAACCCUUUCACUCUGUGGCACUGGCUGGGUACCCUGUUUGUCUUCAUUGGGACCCUGAUGUACACAGAGGUGUGGAACAGCAUGGGGACCACCAAAAGCCAGCCUCAGAGGGACAAGAAGAACUGAGGUCCGCCUGGAACAGAGAGACCGGGCUCGGGAUGUGCCAGGGUCUGGUGAAGGUCUGGCCAGCACUUCGCUUGCAUUCAUGCUGAAGUAUUGAACCAACCAUGUACCAGAGAAUCCCCAGAACGAGGGACUUCUCCGAUUUCUUACGGCUCUGCCGACCGUUUGUGGACUCCGAAUGGAGACCCCACAACCCUGGAAUAGAAAUCAGAACAGUUCUCCGCUGUUGAACAGCCAGCUGGUUUGUUGUUUGUUUACCAGAAUAUUUAGUAUUGCUACUUCUUUAUUGACUUCCGAGUCCCCAGAGCUACUAGUUUUAUAUCCGUGGUCUCAGGCGAGAUUUUGCCCUGUCGCUAUUCCGAUGAUUCUCUGCCGCAUAGUCGUGAUGAUCCUGUGGCCUCCUCCCUGUUCUUCCUGUCACGCUUCCCCUCCCCCGCUCCCAACCCCAGCAGCGCGUAAAGCCGGUCAGACGCUCCAGGGAUCAUCGCCAGGAACAACUGAGUGGCCCCGUGGAUGGAGAGAGCCGCGACUUUGGCCUGGGAAGGAAGCCGUUGUCCCGGUGAGCGGAGCCCUGCCAGCACCGGAGCGGGACUGAGGGGAAUCCUUUUCCACAGCUUUUUACUUUUCCCCCCUACGCAAAAGUCUUAUUUUCUGUGCUUACGACAGACCUGCAGCAUAUCUCUGUGGCACAAAGUUAAUGAGAAGGAGAGGUGUAUGAAUAGGGAGAGACAUUCUCCAUCACCCUUCUGUGUGAAGCCCGUUAGCUCAGAGAGGUGAUGGCGGCGCCAGGACGGUGGGGAGCAGCUGGCGCUGGUCAGCUCCCACAGAGCCACCGCUCCCCUCCGGGCAGAGCCGGGGGCCUUCAGUGAAAGGCAUCUACACCAGAGAGUCUCAGCUCUGCCGGUCAGUCUGAGAGAGGCCUGGUCCGUAGACUAAUAUGUGGUGGGUGUGGUGGAUAAAUCAGGUCAAAUCACAACUGAAGUGAAUUUUUUUUGUUUUCCUGUGAGGUACCUUAAUGUUCUUGAUGGGCAUUUGCGGAGGCUUGGGAGGUAACAUGUUCUACUGUGUAGAAAUGUGCCCCCCUUCAGCUGAUCACAUCAGAGGUGUCGUUUUCCUCCCUGGGGUAAUUUUGAGGAAGAGGAACGAUGUGAAUGUAGCAUGUGUGGGGGGGUGUGCGCAUUCCUGUAGUUUGUGUGAUAAUAUAGGAGAAGAGCAUGAAAGUGUGCUUUUAUUUCCUUGUUCUUCCCUCAGCCCCAGACCUUCAUUAACAUCACGCGAGCACACGCUCCUCUCUUUUGUGCACACAAAGGCCUUCCAUUUUUUUCUGGACGCAGAUUGUGUUCGUAGAUUGCGAUGUGGCUCUCCGGGCCCCCUGGGCCCACUCCGAGGUGUGGCGUCUUUCCUUCUCUUUGUGCAGCUGUUCUCUGAGGGGCCUGAGAGGAGUGUUUUAGAACCUCCGGGUUGCUCUGGGGAAGUAACUUAAGCUGCCUCAUUCGUUCCAUAAAAUGGGAUAUUGUUCCUCCAUCUGAGUCACAGGGUUUUCAGACUGAUUUGUUGCUCUGGACAUGGACGGCUUUCCAGUGCUGAUAAUAGUUUAUUCUAAAAGAUGGUGAAUUUGGUAUGAACCUAUUCAUAGAAUCAAAAGGCAUUUUCUUUGAAAUACGUAGAGUUCCUCAGACUGGCGGUGCUAUAAACAGCAUGUGUUAAAUAUCCUCUUAAAAACAAAAAUAAAAGCUACUUUUGUAAAAAAAAAAAAACAAAAAAACAAAAAACUAAAAUUAAAAAAAAAUCACUUAAUAGAAGAACCUGCCCCUGGGGCGAUUGGAUUGCUUGUAUUGUAUCUGGAUUCCUAACAGCCUGGAACCUUAGUUCAUCCUUUCUAUGUUGAUGGAGAUUUUUAGUAAUUGAAAUGUAUUGGUGGACCCAGAGAGCAUUUAAAACUGGGUCUGUUGUGUUUUAGAUUCUGGUUUUAGAAAGUGUAUGUUCCUCUCAGCCCGAACCCCUCUGCUGGUUUUAUUAACAAGGGGUUAUAAAUGGACAGAUUAGGGCACUCACGCAGUAGAACAGAACACCUAUAAGAACAGAACGUCUGAAAUGCCCUGUGAGUUGAUUUUUUUGUGGCCGGAGUGUAAAAAAUAGGUCUAAUGGACACUAGUUACUACUUUCAUUAGAAACUUUCUUUUUGACCAUUUAUUUCCAUUAGAUAACUGGCUUUUCAAUCCAGGUUGAAAUUAAUUUCAACUUGUAUUAAGGGGGCAACCAGACCAAUGUGACUGGAGAAGUGUCUAUUUAAAUGCUUCUUUCUCUGGGUUAAGACUGUGUAACUUUGUGCCCCACAGAUAGUUUGUUUACAAAAGAGAUUGGUGUUUAAAACAUCGAAAUCUCUGUUAGAGCAAAGAUCAAACAGGAUGACACUAGUGAGAAAGUGUAGUGUGUGUGUGUGUGUGUGUACGUACGCGUGCGCGCGUGCACACACCUACCUAGGUACCCAUUUAACGCCUUGACUGGUAUAUAAAGUAAAAGGAAAUGGUAGAUAUCUGAAUUAGAUUAAUGCAGUGUCUGUGUAACCUUUACCACAAUUCUGUUGUCACAUUGUAAGUGCGGUCUUUUUCAUUUCUUAUUUAUUUUUGAUCCUUUAUUUACCUUUUCAUCCAACAAAAACAACCGUUAAUGUACUUGGUAAGUUUCUAUCAAGUUUUAAAGUAUUGGAACAUAAUCUCAUUCUCUCCCCCUUUCUUCCUGACCGGUUAUCCCAAAUGAAAUGCUACAGUGUUGUAUUCUUCUGGGAAGAUUAACUGACAUUUUUAAAGGAUUCUUAUAUCUUGGGGUCAUUUCUUGAGCACUUCUUCUGCCCUGUUUUUCCAGCCUCUGUUCACUUGUGUAAUUUUCUCCUGAGCAAUACUUGUAUCUGUUUAUGCCUCUAUUCUCUGGGGCCUCUCAGAUGUUUUUGUGGAUUUUUACAAGGUGUUUGUAUCUGUGUAACAUGUAUUUUGUUAAACAUUGUUAGCAGCAUUGAUACUUGGAGUGUGAAAAUAUCUGGCCCCUAUGUGAGUACAUGAAUAGUUAAGUCUGAACAUAAGGGUUAAUGUAAAAAUGUUUCUGUAUUUUAUUACCUCGAACUGGGACUGAGAAUCUUAACUACCAUUCCCUUCUACGUUUGGAAAAUAACUUUGCCUGCUCUUUUCACCCCACCUUGAGCUGACGUUAUUCAGCAGUGCCAAAUGCCUGUGGGGAGGGGGAGGUAGGACACCUCAGGAGUUAUUCAAAGCCCUUGAGUUAGUGUGGUGGGCCUGCCCAUGGGUGGACCAGUUGGUCUGUUAGAGUGAAGGGGAGGAAGAAAUUUUCCUCUGUCCAAGGUUCUUCCAGCUGGACUAGAAAUUAAAUUUACGUGAGACAGAUUAACAGGAGAAAAAUCAGUUUUGUUUUGUGCGCACGGUACCAAUAAGAACAAAAGGCCAAAGCAGGCAUUUAAAAAUAUAUACAUUUUAGACGGUAACUGUCAGGAAUCUAUAGGAAAAGAGAAUGAAUGUUUGGGAGCAUUAGGAAGGUUUGAGGAUGCAGUUGUAGAUUAGUAAAAAUAUAACAAGGUUUGUUUCUACAGCUUGUUUUUUUUUUUCCUUAAUUUUUAUUAUUUUUGAGAGAGAAAGAGUCCGAGCAGGGAGAGGUAG